AUGGAGACAUGUAGGACGGUGUCGAUGUGCACCCCACUGGAGGAGGUUCAAGGCACACAUGUGUUCGAUAUCUUGGGUUACAGCAAGCAUAGAGGCAUGGGCCACGACGAAAACAGCCACAUAGAGUCAGCGAUUUUCUCCGUCGGCGGGCAUGACUGGGCCAUCUUUUUCUUCCCCGAUGGAUUCGAAUUCAGUGUAGAAGGUUCCAUCUCAGUUUUUCUCGUGCUUUUGAGCAACAACACUAAAGUCCGAGCGUCCUAUGACAUGCGGCUGGUGGACCAGUACACCGGAUUAUCAUCUUCAGUGCAGAAAAUAGAGCCUAGGAUUUUUGAUUCUGGUGAUAUUGAUAUGUUUGCUCCACCGACAACUUAUUUCACAAGGCACGGCGAGAUCGAGGGAUCUGCGUACCUUAGGGAUGAUCGCCUGACGAUCGAAUGCGUUGUCACUGUUUUCAAGAAGCCACAUGUCACCAAAACCAAGUCAUUCCCCAAUAUCGACAUGCCACCAGCUAACAUGACUAAGCAUGUUGCCAAGUUGCUCGAAGAAAAGAAAGGAUUUGAUGUUAGUUUCAUUGUUGGAGGAGAGAUCAUUGAAGCGCAUCGGUUUGUUCUCGCUAUGCGGUCGCCUGUUUUCAAAGCGGAGCUCUAUGGCUCAACGCGGGAGGCAAGGCCGGGGCAGUGCAUAACCAUCAAGGACAUGCAACCUGUUGUUUUCAAGGCCCUUCUCCAUUUCAUCUAUACUGACUCUUUGCCUAGUGGUGAGGAAACUGGGAUGGUCCGGCCUUUAGUAGUGGCUGCGGACCGAUAUGCAAUGGACAGGCUCAAGUUGGUUUGCCAAAGUAUCCUUUGUGAGGAUCUGAACAAGGACACCGUGGCAACCACAUUGGCUUUAGCAAACCAACAUAACUGCCAGCAGCUUAAGGAGGCUUGCCUUCAGUUUAUCGAAUUAUCAGAUUUCAUGGAUGCUGUGGUGGCAACCCAACACUUGAAGCAUCUUUCAUAG